AGCAUCCAAAUGCUGUUGGAUGCUGUGAAGAAAACAAUGAAAUGCUUAAGAAAGAAAAAAAAAAGAUUUUUCUGCAUGUGAAGAACUGUGACUGGGACCAUUCCUAAAUACAGUGUCAUCAUAAUAGCUUGUUAAUUUAAUUUGUAACUGUGUUGUCAUUAACAUAACUGAAGAGGUGUUGCUGAUAUUGUUUGUUUAGCAAUGAAUGAUAAUGCCAUACCUUAUUUUUUAUAUAUUUAACACUGUUUUUAAGAAAGGAUGCACUUGGUUUUGUGAAAUGCAUUGUGCAGAGUGUAUUGGUUAACCUGGGAUGAAGCUCUAAAACCCCAGUGGAGGCCCUCUACUGCUGAACAGGUUUUAAGAUAUUUGAAGCCAAGAUGAUGUUUAUAAUGUAGGUAUAAUUUCCCAUAGUGAUUUCUUCCUCUUAGUUCACUGUUUCUUAUAAUAAUGGUAUGAUUUCAGGAAAAAAAAAAUUCUAUUACUAUAAAAUACAUCACAUCAAUAUUGCCAUCACCUCUGAAGAAAACAGAAAAGAAAUUUACUGUCAGGUAACAUGAUUAGAAAUGUUGGGAGACUGAGACAUAUGUUCAUCUAUAAGUGUAAAUUCACGCAGGAUUUAUUGUUUGCUCUCUUUAUGUCAUUUCACUUCCCUUCCUUUUUAAGCACUUUCUUGUGUUUGAAUUCUACUUACCAUGUGGGAAAAAAUUAUACUUGGGACAGUGAGCUAUAGCAGGUGGGAUUUAUUUCUAUUACAACUGCAGACUCUCUCCCUCUUGUACUUAUCUCUUGAUUGCAUGAGUUUCAACUCCAUGGUAUAACUGGAGAGUAAAAAACCUGUUAUUUAAAAAUGGUAUUUAUAUUAACUUUUGUUUAAGCGUAGUUUAGUUAAAAAUUAAUUGUAGACACAUCUACAGUGACGUGGAAGAAGCUUCCAGAGCUAGUAAGUUUCAUCUCCUAUCAUAGAGGACAGGGAAUAGUGUACUGUAGCAACAGGCUUCUGAAAAGCUAUUGUAUUGUAAUGCCUGGAUGUCCUGCAUUUUGGUUGGGAUAAAGUUAAUUUUUACAAGAAGUUAGGAGGGGACACAGCCAGGACAGCUGACCCAAAGGGAUAUUUGAUACCAUAUGAUGUCAUGCUCAGUACAUAAUGGGGUGGGGAGGGGCUAGCCAGGGAGGAGGGAUCCAUGCUUGAGGACGGGCUGUGUAUCAGGUCCUGGACAGUGAGCAAAUUGCAUUGUGUAUCACCUGCUUUGUAUAUUCUUUUAUUAGUAUUGUUGUUAUUUCCCUCUCCCUUUGCUGUCCCAGUAAACUGUCUUUAUCCCAACCCACAAGUUUUACCUUUGUCUUCCCAUUCUCCUACCCAUUCACACCAGAUCACCAGAUGUGAGUGAGCAGCCGCAUGGUGCUUUAUUGGCAGCUGGGACUAAACCACCACACUGGGGGUUUUUUCGCCUGUGUGUCUGUUUGUUUGUUUUCGUCUAGCAACCAAGACAAAUUUUAAUCAUUGACUGAGAGGAGGUAUUCCAUAGCUCUUGUCGAUCCCCUGUCGAUCCUGUUUCCCACAUUACAGUUUAGGUUGGAAAUGGAAAAAUCUCAGUUACAGAAUCUUGAGCUGGAGCACAAAAAGCUAUCCGCUCGUCUCGAAGAAGAACGUGGAAAGAAUAAGCAUGUAGUAUUGAUGCUAGUGAAAGAGUGUAAGCAGUUGUCUGGCCGAAUUGUAGAGGAAGCCCAGAAACUGGAAGAAGUGAUGUCAAAAUUUGAAGAGGAAAAGAAAAAGGCUACUGAAUUGGAGGAGUCUCUUGCAGCUGAGAAACAAAGGAGUACACAAAUGGAAGCUCAAAUGGAAAAGCAGCUGUCUGAGUUUGACACAGAGAGAGAGCAGUUGCGUGCAAAACUUCAUAGAGAGGAAGUGCACACCAGCGACCUCAGAGAAGAGAGAGAUAAAAUGAUCAAAAUGAUUGAGCAAUUAAAAAAGGAGAAUGAAAGUAAAACUAAUCUCUCUCUUAAAAAUAAAGAUAAAAAUAAAGAUAGGAGUCUUGUUUCUGUUUCUGUUGAAACAGAAGAGCCAAGUUCAAGAACUGUUGCCUGCCAAACAGAUACCGUAGUGAUGGACAGUAGCACAGAAAAUGUUAAGAAGUUGCCUUUGACUGUAUCUGUAAAGCCUUCUACAGUGAACCCACUAGUGUCUGGCAAUACAAAAAUGAAUGUGUGUGCCAAUGCAGCAUUUGUGAAGCCUGUAAUUGAUAGGCAAUCUUCAUCUAGUGAACUUGUCCCUCCCACCACUCCUGUUCUUACACAGAAUCAAAACAGAAUUGAGGAAAAUGGACAAAGUACAGGCUCAUCACCUGAUGUACCAAGUAGCACUUCCCCUUUUUCAAAUAGUACUUCCCUUUGCACCCCUGCAGCACCGACUGCUGCAGCUCAGAAUUCCUCGCUAACUUCAUCUAUGCACAGUUUGCAUUCACCAUCUGCCAACACUACUGGGCAUCCAGGCCUAAAUCCACGAAUCCAAGCAGCUAGAUUUAGAUUUCAAGCGAAUGCGAAUGAUCAAGACCAAAACGGAAACACAACCCAAAGCCCUCCCUCAAGGGAUGUAUCCCCCACUAGUCGUGACAACCUAGUUGCCAAGCAGGUAGCUCGGAAUACUGUUACCCAAGUCCUUUCGAGAUUUACAAGCCCUCAGAGCGGCGCUCCGCCGCGGUCAGGGACGUCACAUUCAAUGGAAGUUGGCACUUACCCUCCUGUCGGUAGAACGAAUUUAAAGACUCCCAGUGUAUCAAGAAUUGACAGAGGAAAUCCUCCUCCUAUUCCUCCUAAAAAACCAGGGCUUUCGCAAACUCCUUCUCCACCACACCCACAGCUUAAAGUUUUAAUGGAUAGUAGUCGAUCCCCAAAUACAAGUGCAAAAACUGACAGCAAAACAGUGACCUCACCUCUUUCAAGUUCACCACAAGGAAUCAGGGUAAUAAAUGAGGAAAUUAUUUCUAAAUCCUCACCUCAGCUGCCACCAAAACCUGCUAUAGAUUUAUCUGUGGCACCUGCAGGCUGUGCCAUACCAGCCAUAGCCUCAUCUCAGGUGGGUGCCUGGCCUUCCCACUUCCCUGGACUGAACCAACCUGCAUGUUCAGAAAAUUCCUUUGUCAUUCCCACCACCAUUGCCUGUAGCUCCUCCAUAAACCCUGUUAGUGCUUCAUCCUGUAGACCAUGUGAUUCAGACAGCCUCCUGGUAACAGCAUCAGGCUGGUCUUCCUCCCUAACCCCUUUGUUAACAAGUGGUGGUCCUGUCCCCCUGGGUGGCAGGUCCACCCUUCUUCACCAAGCUGCUGCCCAGGGAAAUGUCACUUUAUUAUCAAUGCUGCUUAAUGAAGAAGGACUGGACAUUAAUUACUCUUGUGAAGAUGGCUAUUCUGCCUUGUAUUCUGCUGCUACGAACGGACAUACAGAUUGUGUGAGAUUGCUGCUGACUGCAGGAGCACAAGUUGAUGCUGCUGAUAAAAAUGGCUUUACACCCUUGUGUUCAGCAGUUGCUCAGGGACAUGUCAAGUGUGCAGAAUUAUUAAUUAUGUAUCAGGCUGAUAUUAACCAUGCUGCUGAAAGAGGACAGACACCUUUGUACCUGGCCUGUAAAAAUGGAAAUAACGAUUGUAUUAAGCUAUUGUUGGAAGGUGGAGCAGAUCGAACAGUAAAAAACAGUGAUGGCUGGUCACCAAUUCACGCAGCAGUGGAUUCUGGAAAUGUUGACAGUCUCAAGCUCCUUAUGUACUAUGGAGAGCCAAACAAUGGGAACACUUUGACUGAUGCACAGCCUAAUUUAGACUACUUUGAUUUGGAGAAGAGAGAAGACAACUGUAGCAGUAGAGUAAAGCCUGUUAUUUCUGCAGAUCUCAUCAAUCAUGCUGACAAAGAGGGUUGGACUGCUGCCCACAUAGCAGCAUCAAAAGGCUUUAAGAACUGUCUAGAAAUCCUUUGUAGCCAUGGUGGACUAGAAGCUGAGAGAAAAGAUAAGUGUAAUCGAACAUUGCAUGAUGUUGCUACUGAUGAUUGCAAACAUCUCCUAGAAAACUUAAAUGCUCUUAAUGUACCUGUAAGGAUUUCAGUCAGUGGCAUUGAACCAGCCCAUUGUGGUACAGAGGAAUUUGAUACAGAAAACACAAUAUGUGCUUUAAAUAUCCGGAAACAGACAUCAUGGGAUGAUUUUUCAAAAGCAGUGAGUCAGGCAGUGACAAACCAUUUCCAAGCAAUCACUUCUGAUGGAUGGAGGAGCCUAGAAGACCUGUCAUUUAAUAGUGCUGCAGAAUCCAACAUUGGCCUCAGUGCAAGCAGUAUAUUAUCUGUCAAACUAGGAAACAUUUCAUGGUCAACAGGUCAGAUUUUUUCCCAACCACCGUGGGACUUUUUGAAGAAGAACAGAGCUGAGCAUAUCACAGUGUUUUUGUUUGGACCUCAAGAAGGCUGCCUAAAUAGUGUCACUUAUGCAUCUAUGAUCCAUCUUCAGACACUUCAGAAUUACCUCCGCCUGGUUGAACAAUACCGUAAUGUCAUUUUCCAUGGUCCAGAAGGAAGUCUGCAAGACUAUAUAGCAUACCAGAUAGCGGUCUGCAUGAAGCAAAAGCAAGUGGCUGCAGGAUCCACAUGUGAAAUCAUUAAAGUUGAAGUGGAUGCUGGUUUCUCCAAGGAGCAGCUUGCAGAACUGUUCAUCAGUAGUGCUUGUCUUGUCCCAGUUAAACAGCCUCCUGUAAGCAAGACAACCAUUGUGAUUUUAGAAAAUCUGGAGAGAGCUUCUUUAUCUGAAUUACUAGGAGAUUUUCUGGCACCUCUUGAGAAUCGCAGUUCGGAAAAUCCUUGCACUAUUCAGAGAGCAAAUGGAGUUUCUGGUGCCUUUUACUUUCAUGAGAACUGCUUUUUACUGGGGACAAUCGCAAAGUGUCAUCUUCAUGGCUCUGACCUGCUGGUUCAGCAGCAUUUCCGUUGGGUUCAGCUCAGGUGGGAUGGGGAACCAAUGCGUGGCUUGCUUCAAAGGUUCUUAAGAAGAAAAGUUAUAAACAAGUUCAGAGGCAAAGUACCUCCUCCAUGUGAUCCUGUGUGCAAGAUCAUAGACUGGAUUCUUGCUGUGUGGCACCAGCUGAACUCUUGCUUAUCACGUCUAGGAGCGCCUGAAGCACUUAUGGGGCCAAAACAUUUCUUCUCUUGCCCUGUGGUGCCAGGGCAUGGCCAAGCCACAGUGAAGUGGAUGUCCAAGUUAUGGAAUGCUGUGAUAGCUCCCAGAGUUCAAGAAGCAAUACUCUCCAGAGCCUCUGUGAAAAGACCAUCUGUACCAGGACAAGCAAUAGCCAAAAAAAACCCUAGCCAAGGACAACAGGCUGUUGUUAAAGCUGCUCUCAGUAUCUUGCUAAAUAAAGCUGUUUUGCAUGGCUGUCCUCUACCCAGAACAGAGCUAGAUAAUUAUAUAGCAGAUUUUAAGGGAGGAAAUUUUCCUUUAUCCAUGGUUUCGAACUACAAAAAUUGUAGUAAGAAGAGAAGUGAGAAUGCUUCUUGGAGAAAAGUGAGCACAAGUCCUCGCAAAAAGUCAGGCCAUUUAUCCUCCCAGUCAUGGAAUAAGCAGGAGACAAAUACUGAAGGUAUAAAAUCUAAAACUAUGUUGCAACCAAACUGUAAGAAAAGAGCUUCUCUCGCCACAAAAUCUUCAGAGAAGGAUCAAUUGAGAACGUUAAAUCUGGAACAAAGGCUGUCCCUUGGUUCUGAUGAUGAAGUAGAUCUUGUGCAGGAACUUCAAAGUAUGUGUUCCAGCAAAUCUGAGCCUGAUAUAAGCAAGAUUGCAGAUUCUAAGGAUGAGCUAUUGAUGUUCAAUAACUCCCAGAACAAUCCUGUAUUUUCAGCAAGUGGCACUAACCCAAGUAAAACAACAGCACAAAAGGAUGGGAUGCGUCCUCUCAGCAGCAGUCGAACUGUGGAAAGCAGCAACAGUAAAUCAAAGACAGAGUUGGGUGUUUCAAGAGUUAAAUCUUUUCUUCCUGUUCCUCGAAGUAAAGUCACCCAGCCUUCUCAGAAUACUAAAAAAAGCAGCAGCAGUAAUACAAGGCAAAUAGACGCAGAUAAUAACACAAAAAGAGAGAUUUGGAAUUUGCACAAAAAAGAACAAAUAGAAAAAUCUAAUAAAUAAACCUGCCUACCAUACAAUUUUCUGUGUUCAUAUAAUCUCUAUUGCAAAGAACCAAGUACUCAAAUAUGUAAAUAUUUUUUAAAAAUAAACUGUUUCCCUGUAAUGUAAAGUUUGUACAGGACCACAGUUUUAUUUCUAUGUAAAUCAGCUGGAAAUUAUAUUGAUUUAAACUUCAGAAAUGGGCAGUUUUGCCACCUUCAUAUAUGUGGGGGUUUUUUCCUUCUUUUAUUAUGAAAAUUACUCAUUUAAAUGAUAAUAUUCAGGGGUAUUACCACAGGAUUCUGUUUGUGUAUAUACUGUACAUAAAUAUAUUCUAUUAACUUCACGUGUUAAACUGCAUUCAGAUGAGUUGCACAAUAUGUACGGCAAUGGCUUAAAGCUAUUGUACUUGCAUUUUAAAGACGUGGUUUUAUCUUCACUUAAUGAAAAAUUAAUGGAAUGUGGCAAUAACUAAAAUGAUUGGAAAUGCAGAUCAAUUACUUUCAGCUACAAGCCAUAUUAAAUAUUUUGUGUUCCCCAUCAUCUGCCUGCUGAAUUGUGAUUUUGUUUCUCCCAAGCUUCUCUUCAUCUAAAAUGUCACAGUUUUCCAUUAUAUCUUUUAAAAAAGGAAAGAGAUUGAGAAAUUAAAAUGCAAUAAAAGUUAUUUUUCUCAGACUCUUAUUCUUUGAUAGAAUUGAAGAAAAUGUGAUCAUUUAUUAACUUAGUUUUUCUUGUAUACUGUAAAAGCUUUUAUAUACUUCAUUAGUGUUUUAAAAGUAUCCAAGAAAUAAUAGUGUUUUACAGAAACAGAUUUUACUGAAAAGGAAUUUGAGCACAAGCUUAACUACAGUAUUAUCAGAGAUAAUGUAGUAGCGAUAACAUGAGUUACUAUGUAAUUAUCAAUUUCUAUUGUGCAUUUAAGAUGUAAUUGCUGUGAAAUGAUACUUGAGUCGCAGUUAAAAUGAAGUCGUCUUCAUUUUUCCCCCCACUACGGAGGUAGAUCUCACGUUCCCACGAGGGAGAGUGCCUACGAAGGGAAUAUUUCCCCAGUCUCUCCUUACAGCAGCUGCAGUGACGCACUUGUGAGCUGUAACACUACGGAACCGCUCGCUGCCUCGAUACCUCACCCGGUAGGCAGAGGGAAGUGCAGAGUUUUGAGAUCAGACUCAAGAUGGGCUAUCAGGAGACGGUUGUGAGACCUAUGGACGGUAACAUGCCUAUAAUUUCCAAAGUAGCAUUUUUCACAAAUUAAGUCUGGAAGAGGAAAGAAUUACCAAACUGUUUCCUAAAGCUUCACUUUAUAUGUAAAACUGUCAUCCCAAACUCAUGUCAAUAAAAUUUUUGU